AUGGCAGGAGGAUACACCUGUGUCCAGUGCCUGAGUGUACUCCAAAAGGGUGUCCGGGUGUCCGGUACUCCAGGUCGCCUCCAGAGCCUGGCUAAUUCGCGACGGAGGUCUGCUGUGUCUCCGUCGUGGAUCCGCAGCUUUGGCUCGGAGGGCAACAAUCGCUCCCUGGGAAAGACUACAAUCGAGCAGGGAAAGAAUGUUAUCGAAAAUUCUCCCGCAAAAUUGGCAUCGCCUGCACCAUUUGCGCAGAGAGCCGCCUCCACGUCGGCCGGUCCCUCCGUCGAUACGCGCGCUCUUUUGAAACCCGACAACCUGUUCCACUCCUUCUCGAACUCGCCUUCGCCUGCAAUUCGCCAACGUGCUGCUUUCAUUAAGCAGAAUGCAUUCUGCCCUCAUCCGAGUCAUCAGCAGACCCGCGCCCCCGUAUCGCCCCACGACCCGGAAGCGCGAAAGACAUCCGACGAGACCAGUCAGCCGCCGGCCCAUUCACACUUUGAGUGUCCCGAUUGUGGUGUCCCGAUCUACUGCUCUGAGGGCCACUGGAUGGAUGACUUUGAGGCUCACCUCGAGGUCUGCGAGACCAUCCAGCAGAUCAACGAGGAUGACCAUGACUUGCACUCCGGCCGACACUUCCCUGAAUUCUCGUAUCCGGGUGUUCAGGACGACAACUUCGUUAUCAACAUGACCAAUUGGGAUACCUACAUGUACACUCGCGAGUUUGAUGCUAUCAACUCCGAUCGUUCCAUGCGCCAGGUCACCCGCAUGCUCACCUACCCGCAGACCAUUGCGAGUGUCUUGCAUGAGUUGAGCCCGUACAGUGUCCGUGGCAAGAACCGUUUGACAGGCGAGGGAUUGAAGAGUUUGAGCGCGCUGCGGUACUCCCUGCAUCCUCCCAAGACCGGUGAAGAUAUCGAUAUCAAGGGUCUGCGUCUGAAGGCCCCUCCAGUCCGCAUCUUCAUUCUGGGCGCACGCGCGGAAUCCUCACUGCCCCGUGAUGUCUGGAUGCAGCUCUCCUACAUGUUCCCACAAGCUCUUCUGCACAUUAUCUUCAUCGGCCCUGAAAGCAUGGCCAACCGAGACUCCGAGUUCCCGCUGCCCGAGCGCACCCCCGAGAACCCAUUCGGCGGUAUCGUCGAGGACCGCCUGGGCGGUCAGAUGAAGAUUACCACCUACGUUGACUAUUUCCACACCAUGUACAAAGCCCAGUACUUCCAGCCCUUUGACCCUUACCUGGAUGUCUUCAUGCUCUUCCACCCCGGUCUGGGUCACCCCGCCAGCUCGCACGAGUGGACGGAGACUCUUCCUCAGCUCUUGGAGACUAAAGUCCCCGUUCUCUGUACUGGAUACACUCAGUGGGAUAUGGAACGUGAUAUCAACUGGGUUCACGAGAAGUGUGCGGGUGAAUUUGACCUUCUUCUCGAGCCCGGUGAGAACAUCUUCCGCAGUCUGCGCUGGGAUUUGAACGACUUGGACCCGCAUGAUGUUUCAUGUGGAAACUGGGGUCUGUGGGCGUUCCGUGGCAAGAGAUACGAGGCCACAUUCAAGGCGGAGUAG